AUGAGCAAGGUGCAAGUCCAAUACGACACGGUGACGGUCCCGGACCACAUCGAGAAGACCGAUGCAGCCAACGCCGUCGCCAUCGCCGGCUCUGAGCUCCGCGCCGCGAAGACGGCGGUCGAACGGCGGCUCCUUCUCAAGGCCGACUUUGUGAUCCUCCCAAUGUGUGCCCUCGCAUGGUGGGUCACAUACCUGGAUCGCAAUUCCAUCGGGAAUGCGAGGAUAAUGGGCCUGGAGAAAGACCUCCAUAUGACGUCCGACCAGUUUUACAACUGUUUGAGCAUGUUCUUUGUGGGACACACCGUCUUCUUGUUACCCGCCAACCUGACGUCGCGUUGGAUUCGACCCAAUCGAUCUGUCGGCUUCGCUAUGAUUGCCUUUGGUGCUGUUCUGUGUGGUAUCGGCGCAGCGAAGAACUAUGCGACAGUCCUGGUGCUCCGGAUCUUACUAGGAUGUGGUCAAGCUUAUGUGCAAUUUCUCACCGGCAUCGAAAAGAGACUCAGCUACGAGAGCACGGGCCGGGAACCGUGGUCGUGGUUGUUUAUCAUUGAAGGUGUCCUAGCCAUUGCCAUCGGAUUCAUUGUGUUUGCGGUCCUUCCCAGGUUUCCAUAUGACCUUCAAAAAAGGGCCAGGAAACACUGGCUUUUCACGUCGGAGGAGAUCGACCUAGCGGCUGCUCGAUUUACUUCAUACAAUUUUGCCCGUGAAAGGAUCAAGGCCAAGCAAUUGUUGGAAGUCCUCAGAGACCCCAAGUCCUACUUGUUUGCCAUUGCGCAAGGAGCAUGCGUUCUUGGUGUUUCUGUGGUGGGAAGUUUUCUGCCCUCGUUCAUUGCUGGCUUUGGCUUCUCACGAGUCGAAACUCAACUCUUCACUGUUAUUCCUUAUGCGUGUGCUUUCAUUUCGGUCCUCAUCUGCGGAUAUUUGUCCGACAGACUCAAUCGAAAGAUCCCGUUUCUCGUGGCAGCGUUUGUCUUGGGAUGUAUUGGAUACAUCUUGCUCCUGGCGGUCCACACUCGCCCAGUCAGCAUCUUUGCUGCCUGUCUGAUCACGGCCAUCUUGCUCACCCCCGUGUGUGUGAAUAUCAACACCGUGGGCUUCACCAAGCGAGGCGCAACCUGGGCUUUUACCGAAGCGUUCGGACUGACUUGGUCAAUCAUGGGCACGAGAAUCUACGAUACUCCGCCUCGCUAUGUCAAAGGACAUUCGGUUGUCUUGGCUUUGAAUGCCCUGGCAUGCUUGUGCGUCAUCACAGUAUGCUUCCACAUGCGGCGCAUCAACAGCAAGAAAGAGCUUCUUGAACGGGAAUAUGCCGAGCGGAGCGAGACUCAUCCUCACAUUGCCCAAAACAAGUCACUGGAGGAGAUUGGCGAGGGACAUAUUUCUUUCCGAUAUGUGCUGUAG